GCGGCGGUCCGCUCGUCGGAAGCCCACAGAUCCCGUAGGUGGCCCUCGGAGGGAUGCUCUCUGCCGAGCGCCGAGCCCAGCCCCUCUCCCCGCUGGCCGCGGACAUGGCCCUCUACUGCGGUGACAACUUCAGCGUGUACCCGCAGGCAGCUGCCGCCGCCGCCUCCGGCGCCGCGCAGUCCCCCAGGGCUCCCUACGCUUUGCCCGACUACGCGCCGCCGCCGCCCUCCGCCGCCAACCCCUACCUGUGGCUCAACGGGGCGGCGGGAGUCGGGGUCCGCGGGCGCCGCGCGGCCGCGGCCGCCGCGUACCUGAACCCCGGACCGCCGGCGCCGCCCCCGCCGCCCUCGGGCUCCGCCGGCCCCUUCCUGCAGCCGCCCACGCCGCCCGCCGGGCCCUUCGGCUGCCCGCCGCCUCCUCGGCCCUUCGCCGCCGCGUCAGCCCCGGCGCCCCCGUCCGGCCCCGGGCCGGGCCCCGGCUCCCCCUCGGGAGGCGCCGCCGAGCUGGGCUGGCUGUCGCUGGCCAGCCAGGAGGAUCUGCUCAAGAUCAUGCGGCCGCCCUACUCGUACUCGGCGCUCAUUGCCAUGGCCAUCCAGAACGCGCCCGAGCGCAAGCUGACGCUCAGCCACAUCUACCAGUUCGUGGCGGAGAGCUUCCCGUUUUACAAGCGCAGCAAGGCGGGCUGGCAGAACUCCAUCCGCCACAACCUCUCCCUCAACGACUGCUUCAAGAAGGUGCCCCGCGACGAGGACGACCCCGGGAAAGGCAAUUACUGGACUCUGGACCCAAACUGCGAGAAGAUGUUUGACAAUGGGAACUUCAGGAGGAAGAGGAAGCGCCGCACGGAGCCCGGCGGCGGCGGCUCCUCCGCCGGGGCCGGAGGGGUCCCCAAGCCCGAAGAGGGCGGGCCCCCCGGGAUCGUGGUCAAGCCCGAAGCCGGAGACAGCCCGCCCGCCCUCCUGGGCCCCUCCCCCUCCCCUCCCGAGCCCGCCGAGGAGCCCAAGGGCGGCUCGCCUCCCAGCGGCCCCCUGCUCUCCUCCGCCCCCUGCCUCAAGUCCUUCUUGGGCAGCCUGGGCAGCGCGGCGGGGAGGACCCCAGCCAGAGCCCCGGGGCUCGUUGCCGCCGAGCUCCCCGCUCGCGGCCUGCAGGGGGCGCAGAGGAGCGCGGCCGCCGCCUUCCCCCCCGCUCCGCUGUCGGAGGUGCAGCCCGACGCUUCGCACCUCGGCGGCGGCGGCCUGGGCGCGCGGCCCUCCUCCUACUACAGCCCCUUCCCCGCGGGCGGCGGCCAGGGCGGCCACUUCAACAGCCCCUUCUACAACAGCUUCAGCGUCAACAGCCUCAUUUAUCCCCGGGAAGGCUCCGAGGUGUGAGGCCCGGGGGAGGCUGGCGGGGCCUCGCCCAGGUGCUGGAGGAAAGGCUUUUCUAAACUAGAGAUGUGCAAUUAAAGCCAGGUGCAGGGCACAGACUGCUUCCGCUUCUCCUUCAGCCCAACAGCCCCUAGGCGCAGGAUAAGCGCAGGCUUUGGAAACUUUCCUGGGGCACCCACCAGACAGCCCAGAGGAAAGGCUCCCAGCUUCCAAGGCCCGGGAGGGGGGAGUGAGAAGCGGGAGAUCGCGAGUCCGGCCGUUUCGGGUGACUUGGGCUGCUGAUCCGUGCGUCUGUUAAAAACAUCUUGGAUCACCCCUUUCCAGACGAAAAAGAGGGGAUUGUGUGACUUUGUACAGUUUUAUUUCUUUAAAUGUGUCCUUGAAAAUGUUACCUGAAAACCAACACCAAAGAUACUAGUGGUUCUCAGGCUUCCUUUUGUGCUUUUACAUGGAUUUUUAUGAGCUUUUUGUAAAUACUAUUUCUAUAUGCAAUUUUAUAUUUGUAAAUUAAUGCAAGUUGUUCUAAUUUAUCAUUUGAACAGGGGUAAAAUUUAUUUUUUCCUUAAAAAAAUAAAAAAAAUUACUUUGACCA